UUUGCCUCCCACCUCCAUCACGGCCCCGCGAGUGAGAUCCUCGCCGAGUAAUGCAUCAUGGCGGACGACGUCCCGCAAGCCGCGCCGCCCAGCAAGUACCUCAAGCUCACAGGCCAACCGCUGCUCUAUGCCAUCUCCAUCUUCGCCUCCCUCGGCGUCUUCCUGUUUGGAUAUGACCAAGGCGUGAUGAGCGGGAUCAUCACCCAGCCGCACUUCCGCAACUACUUCCAGACACCGACCGCCUUCCAGACGGGCACCAUGGUCGCCGUCUUGGAGAUUGGCGCGUUCAUCACCUCACUUGCCGCCGGGCGCGUCGGCGACCUCAUAGGACGCAAGGGCACGCUCUUCAUCGGCGCCGUCGUCUUCACGGCUGGAGGCGCUGUUCAGACCUUUACGAAUGGGUUCUCAGUCAUGAUCGUUGGUCGUGUAAUCUCCGGCUUCGGUGUCGGGUUGCUCUCAACUAUUGUGCCCAUAUACCAAAGUGAAAUAUCGCCGCCCGAUCAUCGCGGCGCCCUCGCGUGUAUGGAGUUCACCGGCAACAUCAUAGGAUACUCGGUAUCUGUGUGGGUGGGCUACUUCUGCUCCUUCAUCAACUCCGACUUGUCCUGGCGCGUACCCCUCUUGUUGCAAUGCGUCAUAGGCACAAUUCUUGCUUUGGGCUCACUCAUCAUGCCCGAGAGCCCUAGAUGGCUGGUAGAUACGGAUAAUGACGCCCAGGGCAUGCGUGUGCUUGCGGACCUGCAUGGUGGCGAUCCGGAGGAUGUCAUUGCGAUCGCUGAGUACAAGGAAAUUAGAGAGAAGGUCGAUGAGGAGCGCAACUCUGGCGAGGGUCGCGGCUACGGGGUCAUGUGGAAGAAGUACCGCCGGCGUGUCAUUCUCGCCUGCUCCUCUCAGGCGUUUGCCCAGCUGAACGGAAUUAAUGUCAUCUCGUACUACGCCCCUCGUGUCUUCGAGGAAGCUGGUUGGAUUGGCCGUGAGGCCAUCCUCAUGACGGGUAUCAACUCCUGCAUCUACGUCUUGAGUACGCUUCCUCCGUGGGUUCUCGUCGACCGCUGGGGACGCCGUGCGAUCCUGCUUUCUGGUGCCGUUAUCAUGGCCCUCGCUCUGGGUGCGACAGGCUGGUGGAUGUACAUAGACGUUCCCAUGACCCCCAAUGCCGUCGUUGCCUGCGUUAUCAUCUUCAACGCUGCUUUCGGCUACAGCUGGGGCCCCAUUCCUUGGCUGUACCCGCCCGAGAUCAUGCCUCUCACCUUCCGCGCCAAGGGUGUCUCGCUCUCGACGGCCUCGAACUGGUUCUUCAACUUUGUCGUUGGUGAAGCCACCCCUGUCCUGCAAGAGCUCAUCGAAUGGCGACUGUACCCGAUGCACGGCUUCUUCUGUGUCUGCAGUUUCGUGCUGGUGUACUUCAUGUACCCCGAAACCAAGGGCGUCCCCCUCGAAGAGAUGGACGCCGUGUUCGGCGAGGAAGAGUACGAGGAGAUAAUGGACAAUGCGUCCGACUCCGACACGGACUCCCUGCUUACGCACGUCCCCGCGGGCUACGGCACCAUCUACGGCCCCGGCUCGUCGCGCGGGCUCCUGACGCGCACGCUCAGCGCCAAGUCUGGCGUCCAUCAAGUGCAGGACAAUCACCCGCAAGGGCAGUCGCACGAGGCAUAGCGGUGCCACUCGUAGGUACAGCGGCGGCCUCUUUUGCCCAUGCCGCCUUAGCGCACUCGCGCAAACAACACAAUGCGCACCGCGUAACGGUUGGACUCACCGAACCCUGGUGGGCCAGGACGCCGUGUCGCGGUACUCACUCUUUCGCUAGUGCCCCCAAGGUGCUGGUGGAGGAGCAGCUGUAACAUAUUUUGCAUCUACGCUUUCUCAUGACACACUACGAAGUCACAAUACAAUUCUACCUUUUGUUUGUACCCUUUCAGCUGUUUGAGUCUCGUAGACUGAACUUGAAAAAAUGAGUCGC